AUGCCAUCCAAGAAGGUAAUCAAGAAGAAAGUUGCACCAACCCCGGCUGCCAUGAGGGGCAAAGCCGAAGCCAAGGGACCAGUGAAGAAUCCUUUGUUUGAGGCUCGCCCCAAGAACUUCCGCAUCGGGCAAGACAUCCUUCCCAAGCGCGAUCUCACCCGCUUCGUCAAGUGGCCAAAGUACAUCCGCCUUCAACGACAAAGGGCUGUUCUCCAGAAGCGUCUGAAGAUCCCACCAAGCAUCAACCAAUUCAGAACCGCUUUGGACAAGCAAACAGCUUCGCAAACCGUGAAGUUGCUUGGCAAGUACCGCCCCGAGUCAAAGGAGCAGAAGAAGGAACGUCUUCGCAAGCGCGCGGAAGCACGUGCAUCUGGCAAGAAGGAGGAUAUCACUCCACGACAGGCAUUCAUCCGCCACGGCAUCAACCAAGUAACCAAGCUCGUUGAGCAACGCCGGGCCCAACUUGUGCUCGUUGCUCAUGAUGUGGAGCCAAUUGAGGUUGCUCUCUUUCUUCCCGCCCUGUGCAGAAAAUACAAGGUUCCCUAUGCUAUCGUGAAGGGAAAGGCUGUUCUUGGACGUAUUGUGCGCAGAAAGACCACCUCCUCAAUCGCCAUCGUUGAUGUGAAGCCAGAGGACAAAGCCACGCUUGCCAAGAUCACCGAGACUGUCUCCAACAACUUCAACGAUCGAGCAGAUGAGAUCCGUCGCCAUUGGGGAGGCCACACGAUGUCUGAUCGAUCACAGGCCAAGGUCGCCAAGUUGGAACGCGCCAAAGCCAAGGAAGUUGCACAGAAGGCC